UUUUUUUUUUUGAAAUUACAUUUUAUUUCUAAUAGAAAUUAUUAAUUAAAAUGGUCGAGUAUAUAGAUGUAUGUGAUGAAAAAGGUAACCAAUUGGGAUAUAGCUUACCAAGAGCAGAGAUUCACCAAAAGGGGUUAUAUCAUAGAGUAGUGCAUGUUUGGAUUGUGGAUUCAAAUGGAAUGGUUUUAAUUCAAAAGAGAACAGCAAGCAAGGAUUCAUAUCCUUCGAUGUGGGAUAAGUCAUGUGCAGGACACAUUGAAGCUGGUAUGGGAAGUAAAGAAACUGCAGUUAAAGAGUUAUCCGAGGAGUUAGGUUUACUAUUUUCAGAAAAUAGAUUAGAACUAUUAUUUUCAACUCUGCAAUGUAAUAUUUUAAAUGAAGGUAAAUUUAUUGAUAAUGAAAUCUCGGAUGUAUAUUUAAUAACAUUAGGAAAACCAUUUGACUUGCAAAAAUUAAAGCUCCAAGUUGAAGAAGUUUCAGAAGCCAAGUUGGUUAACCACCAAAACUUAUAUGAAAUGAUUAAAAAUCAAGAUCCUACAUUCACUCCAUUAUAUGACAGUCAUAAAUAUCCAAACUUUAAUGAUGCUCCAUACUUCAAAUUCUUCCAAAUUUUAACUGAACGUUUCCCAAUCAGCGACAAAAUUACUGUUAAUAGUUAAAUAAUUACAAACAACAUAAAAUAAAAAUAUAAUAAUUCAUUAAUGAAUCAUAUAAUUAAAGAAUUUUUUUUUUAAAAU